CAAAAGCCAUUGCACUGAUUCAGACAUAAAGCUAUGGUUUUUCGAUCUGUUGCAUUGGGUUCCUUGUAUCUUUGCGGAGUAUUAUUAACCAGCAGUUGGGCAAAACCCUGGCUGCACUUUGGCUACUGUGGUGAAUCUGGAGAUGGGCACUGCCUGCCCGUCGAGGAUUGUCUGGAGCAGCAGGGUUACGUCGAGGGCAAGGAUUCGUCCGAGUGCCACAAUUUGAUAUGCUGCCAGAAGAAGAUCUAUCCGCAGCAGGUGGAGAGCUACUGCAAGAACGGCCUGCGGCCGCACAUUUCGAAUGGCGAGGAGACCCGUAUCCGGGAAUUCCCCUGGAUGGCCCAGCUGCUCUACGGCGAUCGAUUGGUGCCCAAGUGCGGCGGAUCCCUGAUCGCCGCCAAGUGGGUGGUGACCGCAGCCCACUGUGUGCCGCGAAAGGCCCACGAGGACGAACUGCGUCGCGUUCGCCUCGGUGUGUGGGAUGUCCGACGGCAAACGGAGACGGGGCAAUGCCAUGGACCGGACUGCUCGCCGCCGCCCCAGGACUUCUCCAUUGACAAGGCCUUUGCCCACGAUUCAUACCAGCCGGCCGAUAAGAUGGGGACCAAUCUGGAAAAGCACUCCUACGACAUUGCCCUGCUGCUGCUCGCUGGGAUCGUCACCUACACGGAGUUCAUCCAGCCCAUCUGCCUGCCGCCGCUCUACGAUCUCACCCGGCUGGCCGUCUAUGCGGACUACAAUCUGACCAUCGCCGGAUGGGGUCGCACCAGCGAGGAGUCGGAGGACACCAGUCCGGUGAAGAUCAAGGCACAGGUCAAGGGCUGGUCGCCGGAGAGCUGCAAGAUGCUCUACAAGAAAGUGGGUCCCAGUCAGAUGUGCGCCGGCGGCGGACCCUCCCGGAAGAGCAGCUGCUUCGGCGACUCCGGCGGCCCGGUGAUGGUCGGCAACCAGCUGGUGGGCAUCGUCUCGCUGGGGGAGGCCAACUGCGGAUUCGACCGAGGACCCAUGGUCGUCACGCGAGUGGAUUACUUUGUGGAUUGGCUGGAGCAAUACCUGCUGGGUCCCAGGAGCUUCAAUAUCGUUGGCCCGUACCUGGCCCCAGUACUAAGAACACCGAAGUGAACUCCUCGUUUUGUAUUAGGUUAUUAUAACAUAUAAGGUAACAUCCCGUCUAUUAGUUUCACAAGGAUCAAACCACUCUCGAUGUAGACCAUAUGUACCAAAGGUAAAAUGAAUUUUAUAUAUUUGUCUGUAUCUUUUCAAUAGUGAAUGAGAAAUUUGUGUAAUUUAUCAGAUUUUAAAAUGCUCCACGUUUUAUACGCAUCAUAUAUAAUUGUAAUACAUAAGUAGAUUUAGUGCCAAAUAAUACAAAAAUACCCACAAA